GGGCGUUUCCAUGGUGACAUCAGCAGGCUGUCUCGAGCUCGCUGACACGUACUGCUUUAUUAACAAAGUGCAGUAGGCGAGCAGGGAAGUAGCUAAACGGCCUCAAGCAGGGGAGAUAAAUUGUUGGAUUAGCAAACUCUUCAGGUCUCUGUUCCUGGUUUCAUCAUGAACGUGUUUGACCGCAGCAUCAACAUCGACGCUCUCUUCAAGCUCUCUCAGAUAUCUCACUCCACCCAGGUGCACUUGAAGAAUGUGUACUCCAGCCUGGCGCUGAGUAUGAUCGUGGCCGCCGCCGGCUCCUACGUUCAUGUUGUUACCCGUCUUUUUGAGGGGGGCGUUUUGUCCUUACUCGGCUCUGUGGGGUUGAUGUUCUGGCUCGCCAUGACGCCCCACAAUCCCGAGACGGAGAAGAAGAGGCUGGCUAUCCUCGCCGGGUUUGCCUUCCUCACAGGCGUUGGCCUUGGACCCACGCUGGACUUUGUCAUCGCCAUCAAUCCCAGCAUCAUCGUGACAGCCUUCCUGGGAACGUCUGUCAUUUUCGUCUGCUUCACUCUCAGCGCCCUGUAUGCUAAACGCAGGAGCUACCUGUUCCUGGGAGGAACACUGAUGUCCGGCCUGUCCAUCCUCUUCCUGUUCUCUGUGAUGAACAUGUUCUUCGGCUCUCUGAUGCUGUUCAAGGCACACAUGUACCUGGGACUGCUCAUCAUGUGCGGCUUCGUCCUCUUUGACACUCAGCUGAUCAUUGAGAAAGCAGAGAACGGAGACAAGGACUACAUCUGGCAUUGCGUCGACUUGUUUCUCGACUUUGUCACCAUCUUCAGGAAACUGAUGAUCAUCCUGGCAAUGAAUGACAAGGAAAAGAAGAAGGAGAGGAAGUAAAGGGCUUUGGCGUGAUCCACUGUAAAGGCGAUGCACUUGGUGCUUUUCACUUUCUGUCUUCAUUUCUCCAAUUAAAUCUUCUGUGGUCUUAUGUUAUUGACAGUUCUUGGACUUGUUUUUUGGAGCUAGCGCUGACUGAAUGUAGGUUUCUGGGGCAGGAGGGCCGGUUUCCACCUGGCUGACAGUUCAGCCCAGCAGCUGUAGGGGGCAGUACUGCGUAACGGAGGAUCACAGGUGCAUUUGCACUCAAGAUUUUUACAUCGCUGUUGUUUAGUGCCAUGAAUUAAAGAGAUCGUAGACUGAUUUACUGCAUCUUGUAAGCUUCUUGGACUGAUUAUAAGUUUUUCCUUUUGACGUUUUGUUUUUUUGCUUAUUUAUAGAUUUUCCUGUUUUAUUUAGUGGGAUAUUUUAAAAAGUGUAGCGUCACAGCGUUUCUGAAGAUCUUCAUCAGAAAUUCCAGUUUUCUUUCCUCAAACACUUUUUCUUAAGUUUCAGAUGAGGCGUUGUAACCCGACAACGACCCGUCUGAACUCAUUUACCCAGCAUUCAUCUGGUUUGAGGAGACAGUAACAUCGUUCUAACCACACUUCUCUGCUGUCUGACACUAGUUUGCCAAAUUCAGUGACGUAAACCUGUCAGGUUUUUGCUUCCUUUUCCUUUUAAGUGUAAACUGUGAAGAUUUUAUUUUAUCGAUGUGGAACUGAAACUAAUUUCAUACAUUUGCUCAAAUAAAUGUGUUGAACAAAUUUAAA